AUUCGAAAGGUAAACACCGUACUAGUAAACAAUAACUAUAAUUCCUCAGAUACCAAACCGAUCAAACGGAUCAAAUAAGGUGUUAAAAGUUCCGUCGUAAAGGGGGCUUAUGGAGCACUACGAAUGAUUGGACCCCCAGCCCCAUCCCACAUGUGAAGAACCGAUGACCGCAACUUAAUAGCAUUCAGUAGGAAAAGUGUUUGUUUUGUUGCUUAAAAACAUAUCGGCUCUCGACUCCCGUCACCUGGGCGUCACUUCGACACUUUGACACCUAAAACACCAGCAAAACGACUGACAUUUGGCCAAUUUUACACUUAUGGCGUAUUACCUUGUCAGCCUUAGGCCUGAAUAGGUCUUGCAGAAAUCAUAUAAAACCGGCUCGUUGGGCGCUGUCCGCAGGCAACCUAUUUACGAGUGUGUAACUUCGAACAGUUAUCAUGAAGAGAACACAACUUGCUUUGUGUCUUACCGCCGUAAUAGUGGCUGUUUUCGUUGCGGCUGAUGCACGGGGACAAAAACGGAACUGCAACCCAGGCAAUCCCUGCUUCCGCUGUCGCGACACCUGUGACUGCAGCAGCGAGGGCCUCUUCUGCACCCCUGCCCACCGUUGCUUCCACAUCCACGUGAGCAACAUGAGCACCACCCGCGAGGUCGAGUGCAACUGCAACCACCUGACUCCGUGCGACUCGAGUCACCCGUGCUGGCACCCGACUGUAGUCAACGAGACUCUGACUACGUACGACUGCGACUGCGACUCGAUUGAAUGCAGCAUCAGACACCCGUGCUGGCACCGCGAGUGUGGGUGCAACUGCGCCCAUACGGCCUGAGAAUAGCGACUGGAAGCGGAAGAUACCCUGCUGACAUCGCGAGUAUGACUGAAGCUGGAUCUACACAGGCUGGGAAUAGCGACUGAACGAGCGCUUCAAAGUUCAUAAAUUAUCUGUGCUUGCAAAGGUGCUUGCAGCUGCACCUACACUGGCUGAGAGGAUCGAAUGAAAGCGCUCGCAAUUUGCUAUCAAUGAAUCGGUGUUAGGCGAUUAUUUGCGCGUGAUGUGAACAUCCACAUUGCCCAGCCUUUUAUUUAGCAACCGAGAAAACACGUCUUUAUCGAAACAUAUAAGAGUUACGAGUUUACAUAUUCCUAUUAUAAAAAUGUAUGUUUCAACAUUUGAUUUUCGUUCCAUGUCCACAACAAUUUGGUCCCAUAUUUCUGUGAAUGUUGAAUACAUCUUGCAUGCC